UGAACACAAGGAAGAGUUGGAACGUAAUGGUUGCCAAAACGUGGAGAAAGAUCAUAAGAAGUCUUUCACAAAAUGGUUUGAAAAACGUGGAAGACAUUUUGAUUUAUACAUAUCUAAGCAUAAUUAUUGAGUUGACAUUUGGUAAAGAGAUGCUACAUAUUAAUGAGGAUUUCCCGCACCUGGCAUAUGGUCCAGACAAACGAGUAACUCAUUAUGAGGCUUUCAUUGUGAAUGGAUUGUGUUGUCAUACUAGAAAACAUGAAAUUAUUAGAACACAAAAUUUUGGUGUGGUUGUUAAGGUGGAGGAUCAAUUUGAAUUUCUAGAUUACUAUAGUGUGUUGACAGAAAUAAUUCAGGUUGACUUUUUGGGAAACCAUCAAGUGGUGGUGUUUAAACAAUGGCAUAGGACUGAUAUUCCAUCAACAGCUGUUGAGACAAAUAUGGGGGCACCUUCGGUAGAUAAUAGUUCUACAUUCAUUGAUGAAGAUGACAAUGAAGUAGAAAAU